AUGGAAAAAGCGACUAAAUUAACGGCUCAAAAUAGCGAGCGAAUUGACAAGUAUCUAGCCGAAAAUUUAACGAUUAGUCGCACGCAAAUUCGCAAGUUAAUCGACAAGCAGUGCGUGAGUGUCAACGGCAACUUGGUCCGCAAAGCUAACUUUGUUCUUCAACCGGGCCAAGUGGUCGAGAUUAGUCAGCCGACUCCCAAAGAAAGCAAAGUAGCGGCCGAAGAUUUACCGAUCGAUGUCGUUUACGAAGAUGAUGACAUCAUCGUAGUCAACAAACCAAGCGGACUGGUUGUUCACCCAGCGCCCGGUAAUUUAAGCGGCACGCUCGUGAACGGACUAGUCAGUCGUUACCAAAAACUUUCUCACCUGGGCGGAAAAGACCGACCGGGAACCGUUCACCGCCUUGACAAAGACACCUCCGGACUAAUUUUGUUUGCUAAAAACGACGAAAGUCACGCCCUUUUAGCCAAGGCUCUGAAGGAACGCCAAAUUAAACGGAUUUACUUGGCGUGGGUGGUUGGUCACAUCGACCAGCGCGUGAUCCACAUUAACUUGCCGAUCGGACGCGAUGUUUACCACCGGCAAAGAAUGCGGGUUCAGGCCGAAAAAUCUAAGCCAGCUCUCACCCACGUUUACGUGCUAAAAAGUUACCCCGAUAAAACAUUGGUACGCUGCGAGUUAGAAUCGGGGCGGACCCACCAAAUUCGCGUUCACUUAGCCCACAUCGGUCACCCAGUCGUGGGCGACCCUAAGUACGGGAAAAUAAUCGAUAAUUUUGGACAAAGACUCCACGCUUACCAAUUAACUUUCCUGCACCCGCGGAGCGGCAAAAAGAUGUUUUUUGAAGUUCAGCCACCGGUUGAGUUUGACCAGUGGUCGUUUAAAAACAAACCAAAGAGUUAA